AUGAAUUAUAAUGCAAAAUUUGCAAUAACUAUCGGGGAGGCGUUUUUUACGCAUUUUGCUCCUUUAUUCGCCGAAGUAUCAUCACUUGUGAAAGAAAUUACGAAAGCAUAUGAAACUGCACAACUUAAUAAGAGAACUUGUAUAGCGUUAAUUGAUAGAAUUCAAGCAGCAGAAGCUGCGGUAAAUAUUUUGAAAAGACAUAAGAAAGAGAAUGAAGAAAUUUUUCGAAAGAAAGAAUAUUAUGAUUCAUUUCAAAGGUUCAUUACGAUAUUACAAAGUAUCAAAACCUACAUCCAAAAAGUAACUCAACUAACAGGAAUUCGACAAUUUAUUUCAAAUGAUUCGAUCAAAGAAAAUUUUACAUUUUUAAUUAAUGAAUUUGAUUCAUGUGUUGCAAAUUUACAUCUUUCGAUUUUUAUUGCAAAUGAGGAACAAAGAAAAAAAGAUAUAGAAAUACUUGAAGAAGAUCUUAAAGAAAUGGCCAAGUUUAUGGAAUCAAUUGGUGGAGGAGUAACUAACUUACUCGCUAUGGGAGAAGAACAAUCUAAACAAUCUAAACAAAUUACUCACAUGUUGGAAUAUAUACAAGUUUUACUUAAAAGUAAUCCAGGAAUUCAAGAAUUACAACCUAAUUUAAUUAAUUUUGAAGAUUAUGUAGAUAUUAAUGGUAAAGAAGAGAAACGAGGUAAAUUAUAUAAAAAAAUAAACAAAAAAACGUUGGUAAAUGUAGCAUGUAAACCAAUAGGUACUGAUGGUAUUGAAGAUAAAAGAGAACUCGCAAUAUUGGGGAAAUUAGAAAAAUCACCAUAUAUUAUUAAAUUUUUGGGAAUUUCAUGUGGAACAUCUGAAAAAGUUUUAGUUUAUGAAUGGGCUGAAUAUGGUUCAUUACGAGAAUUUUAUAUGAAAUAUCAAAUUCGUUGGAAUCAUAAAUUAAAGAUUGCAGCUGAUAUUUGUCGUGGACUUGUUUUCUUGCAUGGAUGUGAAAUUUUUCAUCAUGAUAUUAGAUGUGCAAACAUUUUGAUCACAGAAAAUUUAACACCCAAAAUCGCAAAUUUUAAUGCAAGUCGUGAUUACAAUGAAAAAUCACUCAAACAAAAAAAUAUGAAACAAAUUAAAAAUAUUCUAAAUUGGAUGGCUCCAGAAAAAAUGUAUCAACAUAUGCAAAAAAUAAGUGGAAAUAAAGAAUUUUAUGUUCCAUAUACUGUCCAAUGUGAAAUAUUUAGUUUUGGAAUGCUUCUCUGGGAAUUGGCAUUUGAACGAAUUCCCUAUGAAGGAUGGGAUACGGACACAAUUUAUAGUCAUGUAAUGAAAGGAGGAAGAGAAAGUUUUCAUCCUGAACCGGAACCAAAUUCACUUCAAGUAAAAUUCUUUAAAAUCAUUACAUGGAAACAUGAUCCAGGAGAUCGUAAAGAUCUUUUAUACAUUUUCAAUAAACUGAAUGAUGUUUUCAAUGAAAACUUUGCAAAUCCCGAUGAUGAAAAAAUGUCCUUUGAACCACUUUUAUCUAUGCAAGAUGGAAUCACAGCUCAUAAACGAAAAGAAUAUAAUAAAGCCUGGAAAUGUUUUAAUGGACAUUCAGACAUUGGUAAGAAUUAUCUUGCAAUUUAUUGGAAAGCUUAUUAUUUAUGGGAAGGGUUAGGUGGAGUUGAAUGUGAUAAGGUGACGGCCUGUGAAUUAUUUAAAAAAGCCGCAGAUAAUGGAAAUCCUGAUGCUCAAUUAAGAUAUGCUUUUGCUUUAAAAGAAAUGAGUGAAAAAGUUGAUAGUGCUUUAUUUAUGAAAUAUUUAAUGAUGGCAGUUAAUGGUGGAAAUACAGCUGCUCAAUAUUUAAUAGGUGAUAUUUAUGUUAAUGGAAAAUUAGGAUUUGAAGUAGAUAAACCGAAAGGAAUUGAAUAUUUAAAAUUGGCUGCACUUAAAGAUCAUCUUAAAGCUAAAGAAGCUUUAAAUACAAUUAAUUUAAAACAAUAA